GAAGAAGAAGAAGCAGCAAACAGAAACAGCUCGCAGCAUCAGUAGUUUGUAUACUGAUUUAUGCUCCUUUUUGAAAAUGUUAUCGGUCCCUUUGCUGAGAGCUUUUGUCACCCAGAGGCUGACUCUGGCAGCUGACGACAUAAUUCAGAUGUUUGAAAGGACAAUAGCAAGUUACGAGGAGGAAAUUGAUCGGCAGCGAAGCCUUCUGGGAGCCGAGCAGCCGGUGGACAUCAAAAUGAUUUCACACAAUCAAACAGCCUUGCCUCAGGAUGUCCAGCAGCAGACUGUCGAUAAAGACAAAGUCCUUAAACAGCUGGACUGCAGCUCCAGUUUAGAACAGGGGGACAUUCAGCUACUUCACAUUAAAGAAGAACAGGAGGACCUCUGGACAAACCAAGUGCAAGAGCAUCUUCAAAGUCUGGAUGAGACUGUUAUGAAUGAUCUGUAUGAAAACACUGAAUCCUCACAAAUUCAGCUCCAAACUGAGACCACAGCACUAGAUCCUGGAUCCAAGAACUCAAAUGAAUACAUGCAAGAUGAAAAAGGAGAAGGGUUUAGAAAAUCAGAGCCAGCCUUUGACACGGAUGUAGUGGGUUUUCUAAAAGCAGCUCCUGAAGGCGGUCUUUUUCUUCCACGUUGUUUUAACACUGAGACAAAAGAAAUUGAAGACUCUGGCAAGAAGACAGCUGCCCAGUCCAGUUUAGACACACAAAAAGACAAUGAACCUGUAUCUCAUAAGCAUAAACUUUUUAAAUGUGCAGUCUGUGGCAGAGUAUUUACACAAAAUGGGCCUCUUCAGAGACACGUGACCUGUCACACAGGAGAAAAACCAUUUGAGUGCACUGAGUGUGGUAAAACAUUCAGGCAGAAGGGAACCUUGAAAAAACACAUAAGAAGUCACACUGGAGAGAAACCAUUUGGUUGCUUAAUUUGUGGUAAACACUAUACCCAGAAUGGAUCACUAGUUGCACACAUGAGACUUCACACAGGGGAGAAACCAUUCAGCUGCUCAGUAUGUAAGAAGAGGUACAACGAAAGAGGGACAUUAGUUCGACACAUGAGGGUCCACACAGGAGAGAAACCAUUUACCUGCACUGUGUGUGGUAAAAGCUUCAGUGAAAAAGGGAAUCUGAACAAACACAGGAGGAUCCACACAAGAGAGAAACCAUUCAGUUGUGGUGUAUGUGGGAAAAAAUGUAGUUUGUACUCGCAUGUCAGAAGUCACAAGUGUUCUGGUAACAAUAAUGGUACAUAAAGCAGCAGUGCUAGGUGUAAACGUAGUUUUUGCAGUUGUUCCAAUAACUUUGACUAACAGUUUUUGAAUAACUCCAACCUCCACUUCUCAUGCCUUGAGUAAGCGAAGCAGUGAAAGAUCUUUUUCUUCUCCUCAGUGGUCCAACUUACAAUGGUACAGUUUCCUUUGUUUCUUUUGGCCCGCUGAUGAUGUUGUUGCCGGGGUCCAGGAUCAGAACUAUGCUAUCUGGUGGAUUAUCCAGCUGAAUGCUGCCACAGGAGAGAUGUCUCCCUGCAGCACUAGGAGAAGUUGCGCUAUUGCUCUCCUCACUCCCUGGUGUUUUGGCGCUUUGUGGAGAUUUUAGCUGAGGUUUGUUUUCUUUGAAACAUUCUCAUACCACGAUCUCUCCUGGCAAACCCCUUCAUAGUGGGACCGAGGACACUCAAGGCUAGUGUCCAGUAGAAACUCCAACCCACCAAAGAGAGAAACCAUUCAGUUUUGAUGUAUUUGGAAAAAGAUGUAGUUUGUACGCACAUCUCAGAAGUCAUAUAAGUGUUCUGGUAAGAAUAAUGGUACAUAAAGCUGCAGUGCUAGGUGUAAAUUUAUUUUUUUUUUUCUAGUUGUUCCAAAACUUUGACAAACAGUUUUUGGCUUUCUUUGUGGAGAUAACUAUGAAUUUGUGAUAUCACUGAUUAGUGCUGUCUGAUGUGCCGCUGCAAUAAUGAUGUGAAAUUGAACCUUUCAUAUAUUACAAUGAAAGUUUAAAAUCACAAACCCAAAGUGAGAAUACAGUUAUAAAUGAGUGAAAUAAAUUCACAAGUCUUACUAAAAUGCAAA